AGCAAAAUUUUCCUUGUACACCUGAAGAUGCCAUAAUUUCCUAUGUAUUUCUCCAGGAAUACAAGUAUUUUUACAUAAUACAUAAGCCUUAAAAAAUCCCCUUAUUUAUAUACCCUUGCAACCCCCUUACAUUCCAUUUACUGUGUUAGGAUUGUGCAGUGGCAGUUGGAGCCUAUUUAAGCCCGGGUUAACGCAAGACGGGUCCGAUGAGGCAAUGCGGGCUUCGACUCCAUCGCGAAUCAUCUCAACGACGAGAAAAGCGUCGAUGCCGUUGGCCGCUUCUCUCCCUUCCUCCCUCUUCCGCAGCUGCUCCUUUCUCUCCGGGUUUAAGCCUAAAACCCACACUUUGCUCCCUCUCCCCUGCUAUGCCCUCGAGUGCCUCCCCGCGCAUUGUCCAUGCACUCGCCUGUCUUUGAGGCCAUUUUUCAAACACCUUCGGCACCAGUCCCUCCGCCGCUCCCUGGCCGCCUCUCUCUCCACCGCCGCUGCCGCCGCCGCCGUGUCACCUAACCCUGGCGCCGCCGCCUCCAGGAUGUCCAAGAAGGCCCGCCGCGAGUCCCCCGAGGGCCUCCUCCGCCACCAACUCGGCUUGUGCUCCCAGAGCGGGGACCUCGCCCGGGCCCUCCACCUCUACGACGACGCCCGCGCUGCCGCCACUUCCCUCUCCGUCCACCACUUCAACAUCCUCCUCUACCUCUGCUCCUCCUCCGCCGACCCCGUCGGCCUCGAGCGCGGCUUCCAGAUCUACCGCCAGAUGGGUCUCGACGGCGUUGCCCCGAAUGAGGCCACCUUCACUAGCGUGGCCCGCCUUGCCGCCGCCAAGGAGGACCCGGACCUCGCCUUCGACCUCGUCAAGCAGAUGUCUUCCGCCGGGAUCCCGCCAAAGUUGAGGUCUUUCGGACCCGCGCUGUUUGGGUUCUGCAAGAAGGGAGACGUCCAGAAGGCCCAUGAGGUGGAGGCUUACAUGGCCUCCUCUGGCAUUGAGCCCGACGAAGCCGAGCUUGCCGCACUCCUCGAACUUAAUGUUCGUAAAGGUAGGGGAGACAGUGUGUAUCGCCUGCUCCAUCGGAUGCGGGUUACUGUGAGGCGGGUGUCUGAGUCGACAGCGGAGAUAAUAGAGAAUUGGUUUGGUUCAGAGGUGGCGGAGGAGGUUGGGUUGGAGAAAUGGGACGUAAGGAAGGUGAAGGAAGGGGUGGUCAAGGGAGGUGGUGGCUGGCAUGGGCAGGGGUGGUUGGGGAGGGGACGGUGGAAUGUGGGAAGGACCGAGAUGGAUGGGAGUGGUGUGUGCCGGCAGUGUGGGGAGAAGCUAACGUGCAUAGAUAUUGAUCCAGUGGAGACUGAGGAUUUUGCAAAUUCACUGGCAAAGUUGGCUUCCCAGAGAGAAGUCAGGGCAAACUUUACGGGAUUCAAGGAUUGGCUUGAUCGUCAUGGACCAUUUGAUGCUGUUUUAGAUGCUGCAAAUAUUGGCCUGAACAAUCAACAAGUAUUUAGUUUUUUCCAGGUAAAUUCUGUUGUGAGUGGAAUCCGUCAAAUGAGUCCCUCAAAGAAAUUGCCUCUUAUUAUUUUGCAUAGCCACCGCUUGAAAUAUGGUCCUGCUGAUAAACCAAAUAAUAAGAGACUGUUGGAAAGCUGGCGGAGGGCUGGUGUGUUAUAUGCUACCCCUCCUGGAUCAAAUGAUGACUGGUAUUGGCUGUAUGCAGCUGUCAGAUGUAGAUCUUUGCUUGUCACGAAUGAUGAGAUGAGAGACCACUUAUUCGAACUACUAGGAACCGGCUUCUUCCCAAGAUGGAAAGAGAAGCAUCAGGUGCGGUUAACCUUCUCCAAAGAUGGCCCAACCUUACACAUGCCCCCUCCAUAUUCAGUAGUCUUACAGGAGUCGGAAGAUGGUGGCUGGCACAUACCAACAGUUUUAGGUGAUGAGAUUGAAACACCAAGGCAGUGGGUCUGUGCAACCAGAAAAACUGCAGUAGCCUCCUCUCCUCCAAGGCAAAUACGCACAACAUCGAAGCCAAUCUCCUAAUUUGCAGGAAUUUGUGUCUUCUUGAAGGAUAUUUAUUCAAUUAUUUCAAAUUGAUAUAAUGUAAUGUUCAAUUCAGCUAUGAGCUGAGUCUUGCAGUCUUGUGACUAGCUGAAUAGAAAGGGUAGAAAGAGCAAGAAAGGAAUGCCAGAAAUGCAUGAUUGGGUGCAUCAAUUUAUGAAAUUAAUUAUUGCUAAGUGUAUCAAAUACAGAAUAGUUAUUGCAACAAAAGACUGGUUGUCUGA